CUCUCUUCUGGUCUUGAAACAAUUGUACUUAAGGUCAAAGAACGCCUAUUUUUUGCUUUGUUUGAGUGAAGUGAGUAGCACUUAACUUACGUUAAUGAAAAACUGAAUGUUUUUUCAUUAUUAAAGAUGUACUGAUCACCUGAUCAUUAUACUACAUGUAAAUAAGUGCAUUUAUCUGUGUGUGUUCGUAAAGUGAAAUAAAUUGUAUAUUAAACGAAGAUGGAUUUCUAGUCAAAAAUAGUUACUAAUUUAGUGCAGAGUUGCAUGUUUCGGGAGAUGUGUAACUAAUCAUUUUUAAGAGCCAGUGUUUUUAAGAGCACAUGCAGAUCCUUACGGAACACAAACCUCAUGUGUGUGAAAUUUAAGAGUUUAUUUAAUGGAAAACGUAAUUUAAACAUGCAUAUGCUAAUUCACAUUGGAGAGAAGCCUGAUGUGAUUUUAGUGCGUAAGAAGACAUUUAGUUAAAUGAUUAAUUUAGACUAGCAUUUGCUUUUUCACACAGCAGUCAAACCGGCAAUUUAAACAAGCACCAAUUUAAGCAAGCAUAUGCUAAUUAACAGAGGAGACAUGCCUUCAUAUGUGUGUGAAGUAUGUAAGAAGUCAUAUAGUAAAAGAGUAAUUUGAAGGUGCACAUGUUUAUUCAUACAGGAGAGAAGUCUCAUGUGUGUGAAUUAUGUAAGAAGUCAUUUAUUCAGAAGGGUAGUUUAAAAAGGCAUAUGCUUAUUCACACAGGAGAGAAAUCUUAUAUGUGUGAAGUAUGUAAAUACUCAUUUAGACAUAAGUGGUCAUUAAUUACUCAUAUACCUAUUCACACAGGUGAGAAAUCUCAUGUGUGUGAAGUAUGUAAAAAGUCAUUUAGAAGCAAGGGUUCUUUGAAGAGUCAUAUGCUUAUUCACAGAGGAGAGAAACCUUAUAUGUGUGAAGUAUGUAUGAAGACAUUUACACAUAAAUAUUACUUAAAGAAUCAUAUGCUGAUUCACACAGGAGAGAAACCUCAUGUGUGUGAAGUUUGUCAGAGGACAUUUAGUCUAAGGAGUGCUUUAAAUUCACAUAUGCUUAUUCACACAGGAGAGAAACUUCAUGUGUGUGAAGUAUGUCAGAAGUCAUUUAGUCAGAAGGGUAGUUUAGCCACUCAUUUGCUUAUUCACACAGGAGAUAAACCUCAUGUGUGUGAAGUAUGCAAGAUGUCAUUUAUUCAGAAGAAUUAUUUAAAUAGGCAUAUGCUUAUUCACACAAGAGAGAAAUCUCAUGUGUGUGAAGUAUGCAAGAAGUCAUUUAGACACAAGGGUAAUUUGAAGAGUCAUAUGCUUAUUCACAGAGGAGAGAAACCUUAUAUGUGUGAAGUAUGUAAGAAGUCAUUUAGGCAGAAGGGUAGUUAGACGCUCAUAUGUUUAAUCACACAGGAGGAA